AUGGCAGACAAGCUUCCCACAGAGUUUGAUGUGGUUAUAAUAGGGACAGGUUUGCCUGAGUCCAUUCUUGCAGCCGCAUGUUCGAGAAGUGGGCAGCGAGUUCUGCAUGUUGACUCAAGAAGUUACUAUGGAGGGAAUUGGGCAAGUUUCAGCUUUACAGGUUUGCUGUCCUGGCUGAAAGACUAUCAACAGAACCAUGACAGCAAGGAAGACGUGACUGCCUCAUGGCAAGACCUGAUCCAUGAAACGGAAGAAGUCAUCGCUCUUUGCAAGAAGGAUGAAACUAUUCAGCACACAGAAGUCUUCUGCUAUGCUAGUCAAGAUGUUGGGGAUAGCACUCAAGACACCGAUGCUCUGCAGAAAAGUCCUUCCCCAGAGGCAUCUGCUAUCCAGGCCGACUCUAUGGAUUCUGCAGGCUUGCCUAAGGAAAGGCACUCAGCAUACUGUUCAAGCUAUGAAGAGAAAAGUGAUAGAGAGCCUUCACCAUCCCCAGCUGAUAUAGAGAACUCACUGGAGAAAGAGAAGUACUGUGGAGAUGAAAUUGAUGUCCAUACAGUUUUGGAUGGAGAUAAAGAUGAAGACAAACUUGAUCUGGAAGACAACCCUGAGCAACCAAAGAGAAACAGGAUUACUUACCCUCACAUGAUUAAGGAGAGCCGGAGAUUUAAUAUUGACUUGGUAUCAAAGCUGCUGUAUUCUCAAGGAUCAUUGAUUGACCUUCUGAUCAAAUCAAAUGUUAGUCGUUAUGCAGAAUUUAAGAAUGUCACUAGGAUCCUUGCAUUCCGGGAAGGGAAGGUAGAACAGGUGCCUUGCUCCAGAGCAGAUGUCUUUAAUAGUAAAGAGCUCACUAUGGUUGAAAAGAGAAAGCUAAUGAAAUUCCUCACAUUCUGUUUAGACUAUGAGCAACAUUCUGACGAAUACCAAGAUUUCCAACAAUGUUCAUUUUCUGAAUACCUAAAAACUAAAAAAUUAACACCCAACCUCCAACAUUUCAUACUACACUCAAUUGCAAUGACAUCAGAGUCAUCCUGCACUACAUUAGAUGGCCUUAAAGCAACAAAAAACUUCCUUCAGUGUCUUGGACGGUUUGGCAACACUCCCUUUAUAUUUCCUUUAUAUGGCCAAGGAGAAAUUCCUCAGUGUUUCUGCAGGAUGUGUGCAGUUUUUGGUGGAAUCUAUUGUCUUCGCCAUCAAGUACAAUGCCUCAUAGUUGAUAAAGACUCUGGGAGAUGUAAAGGAAUCAUAGACCACUUUGGUCAGAGAAUAAGUGCCAGCUAUUUUAUUGUGGAGGACAGUUACCUUUCUAAGGACACAUGUUCAGAUGUGCAGUAUAAGCAGAUCUCGAGAGCUGUGCUCAUCACAGAUGAGUCCAUCCUGAAGACGGACUCAGACCAGCAGAUUUCCGUCCUGAUAGUGCCUCCAUUAGAGCCAGGAACAGGUUCCAUUCGGGUCAUGGAGCUAUGCUCAUCAACCAUGACGUGCAUGAAAGGCAGCUAUCUGGUCCACUUGACCUGUUUCUCUUCAAAAACAGCCAGAGAAGACUUGGAACCAGUGGUGAAGCAGUUAUUCAUUCCUUUUGCAGAAGCAGAAGCAGAAGCAGACAAGGAAGAACUCAGAAAACCAAGACUCUUGUGGGCUCUCUAUUUUAAUAUGAGAGAUUCCUCAGGAGUUAGCCGAAGCUCAUACUGUGGCUUACCUUCCAAUGUGUAUAUCUGCUCUGGGCCGGACUGUGGACUGGGGAAUGAGCAUGCUGUCAAGCAAGCGGAAACACUGUUCCAGGAGAUCUUUCCCAGCGAAGAGUUCUGCCCUCCUCCCCCAAAUCCGGAAGACAUUAUCUUUGAAGGUGAGGGUUAGCAACGAGACACUCCUGGAGGCAGUAAUACACUUACCACCAAGCUAGACACCCCAAGGACAACAAGAACUUGUAGAGCCCAGAACACCUUCGAAAUGAAAACAGACUGGAAGUAUUUUCAUCCUUGCUUCAAAAUAUUGUCAUUUAAAAGACAGCUGCCAUUUGUGAUAAGCGCUGUUUACUUGACUUCAACCCUGAGACACUGGGUAUCGAAUAGCUCUGCUAAUCUGUCAGCAUCUGAUUUGUUGGUGACUCAGCUGCUUUGUUUCAGAAUUGGCUCCAGGAAUCCAGAAUCUUUGAAUGUCAUUAGCUUUUUUUUACUUUUGGGUCCCACAUUAGCAACCUUGCUUACCUUAAGGUAAUAUCACACUUGCUCCUGUGUUCAGAUUGUAUCAUUGUCUACACAAAAUUAAUAUCCAAGAACUAUUUUAGUUCCUGCUGCAGCUACUACUGUUGCUACCACCUCAGUUGCACAGAGGACCACAUAAAUCAGAAACUGUUUGAGAUUUUUAUAUAGUACAUAAACACAUAGAGCUGGUAGUAGGAGUAGCAGCUAAUACAAGUGCUAAUGUGAUAAAACACAACUGUCUGUUAGAAACUAUGUCAUGCAUGAUCCUGUGUCUUGGGGUUGAUAUUUACAUGUGAUUUCACCUAUUUGACCUUCGUAACUAAGGAGGCAGUGAGACUACCCUAGCCUGCUCCUUCACAAAAAGAGUGCUCCUUAGUAGUUGAAGAAGCUCAUAUAUUAGAGAUACAUUGCAAUCUGGGCAUGGUGGCUUACUCAUUCGAUCCUAUCAUUGAGGAGAUUGAGACAGGAGGAUUGCUGUAAAGUCCAGGCCAGUCUGGACUAUAGUGUUGAGACUCAUUUCAAAACAGAAUAACCUCCCCACGCCCACCAAAAAAAGAAGUAUAUUAUAAAGAAAAUUAAAAAGACAAAAUUUAUUCAGAAAAUUUCUAUAGAGCUGACACUGACAUUUAAAAGAACUAACAAUUAACUCAGGCUAACAUAAAUUAAUAAAUUACCCUAGAAAAAGGUACUUCAGGAUAGGUGUUUAGAAAUUUCCAGAAAGAAUUUCCCAAGGGGGGAUAGUGGUGCAUCUUAAUGUGGGAUUCUAGAUGCCUUUAAAGUUACAGACUUCCCUGUCCAGGGUUCUCGGGGUGAAGCAUGCCACCUGGUUGGCUAUACUACUUUAGUAAGCAUUGGUAACUGACAGAGUGUGUCUCUUCUACUACAUGUCUGUUAGCUGGGGAGUGGGAAGCUUUCCCUCCAGAACCGCCUGCUGCACCCCAGCAGUGAAAGCCCUCUACUGUGAGAAGAGGCACAAUGUGUUAGGAGACUAAAGGGUGCUCUGAAUAUCCUCCUCCUGCUCUUUAGUGAGGAAAGUGAGAUAAGACAUGUAAAUCAGUGACUGAGCUGAGAGUAGAAAGCUAUCCAUUGGUCUUGUUUUACUGUUUUUAAUAUGAUAAACCCAUAUUUAUUGGGUAGAUCUUAAGGGUUAAAUGCAGCAGAACAACUGAAAUUCCUGAAAUGACCGAAAAGUAGCAAUUAAGAGAAAAACAAUUCUAAGACAGAUAAAAUGGAAGGGAGUAUUGCAGACCCAUCUCAUCAAGUUUGUCAGAACCAUAGUCUAUUCAAAAGACGUUAAAAAGAGACACAGUUGUGAAAGCUAAACAGAAGUUCCAAAGACAGCUGAAUGUAAUGGAAAUCAGGACUAGACUAGGCCAAAGCAGGGGUUUCGUUGCUUUUUUCUAAAGUAAGGAAGUGAAUGUAUUACUUUAAAUCAGCAUAAAACAGUAAGUGGAAGUGCGGCAAGCAAGCAAAACGUGUUUCAAAAACAUAAGGGAUGUUAUCUCAU